AUGUUAGCCCUCAGAGCUUCUGUACCCAGACCGAGCCAUGUCGGCCGGCUGCCGGGUCGAGCUUUCUAUGUUGGUGUCGUGAAUUUUCGGAGGUCGAUUCAUGUGCCUCCUGCACAGACGAAGCAUCAUUCGGCAAUCAAAGACAUCAGAAAUAUUGGAAUUAUUGCCCAUGUUGAUGCCGGCAAGACAACCACUACUGAGCGCAUGUUGUAUUAUAGCGGUGUGACGCGCCGAGUUGGAGAUGUCGAUGCCGGAAAUACAGUGACGGACUUUCUCGAGUUGGAACGGGAACGAGGCAUCACGAUUCAGUCCGCCGCCAUAACGUUCAAUUGGCCUCUUCCACAAGACUGCCAGCCGGGCACAAACCCCAAAACCAUCAACCUCAUUGAUACACCCGGCCACCAGGACUUCAGAUUUGAAGUUGAUAGAUGUCUGCCCGUCCUUGACGGAGCAGUGUGUAUUAUUGACUCAGUCAAGGGCGUGGAGGCACAUACGGAGAGAGUAUGGGCUUCCGCACACGAGCACAAGAUCCCGCGCAUAGUCUUUGUCAACAAGUUGGAUAGGGACGGUGCUUCCUUCCGCAAGUCAGUACUUGAAAUCGGUUCUCGAUUGAACGGAUGGCCAUUAGUCUGUCAGAUCCCAUGGUGGGAGGGCGACCAGUUUGUUGGAGUCAUCGACGUUAUCGAUCGCGUCGGAUACCGCUGGAAGACUGAGAAAGAAAAAACAAAGUAUGAAUUCUUGGAGCUUCAGGAGGUGCUCUCGGGCAACUCUCUGAUGGAGGAGAUUGAGGUUGCUCGCGAGCGGCUCGUCGAAGGCCUAGCUGAUUGGGAUGAGGCAAUCAUGGACCUUUUCGCGGACGACCCAAGCAAGAUAACCAGUCAGCUUCUGAAAGAAGGUGUUCGGAGGGUAAUCCGCAGUGGUGAUGGCACGGUUAUUCCUGUUCUUGCCGGCGCUAGCUUCCGGCAUAUCGGCGUAGAGCCACUGAUGGAUGCUAUCGUCGACUAUCUGCCUAGCCCAGACGAGCGUCCAGAACUGGAGGUCCGUAUAGGGGCCAAUAAACAAGAACUGGUAAAGUUACUGGAUAGCCAUUCGAGUAAGAAGGCCAGCCAUGGCCGUGUGGCAGCCGUGGCGUCCGUGUUCAAGGUUUUCAAUCACCCUAAGGAGGGCGUUCUUAGUUUCGUGCGAGUUUACCAUGGUGAAUUGCACAGAAACUCGUCGACCUGGAAUACCCAUACUCAACUUUCCGAGAAACCGUUCGGUUUACUGCAGAUAUCCGCCGAGAAGACGGAAGAUGUGCAGCAUCUUGCGACAGGUCAGAUCGGCGCCAUCAAGGGCUUGAAGAAAGCUCGCACCGGCGACACUCUUCUUACGUCCGCUGGGCAAAAGGGGGUUCCUGACAGCCUCAAGCACGUUCAGAUUAGGCCACCCGAAAUCCCCCCCGCAGUUGCUUUCCUCGCUAUUGAUCCUCAGGGUAACACGGCUGCGAAGGAACUAGAAAUUGCCCUGGAAAACGCAUCUCGAGAGGAUCCCAGUUUGAGAUGGAGUCGAGACGAGAAGACGGAGCAAUUCAUCCUCCAGGGCAUGGGGAAGCUUCAUUUGGAUAUUGCAGUCUACAACCUGAAGCAGAACUCCAAAGUGCAGGCCGAUUUUGGUCCCAUCGAGGUCGAUUAUAAGGAGUGCCUGACAGCCCCAUUCGGGCCUCACCACGUAAUCUUCGACAGAGUUGUAGCAAGCAAAUCCGGUAAGGUAUCAUGCAGUGCAAUGCUUGAGCCUCUGGAAGAACAUCACCGCCAGGCAGCCCUUGAACCCUCCGUGGAGAGAGACGGCAACAUAAUCCAUAUCAUAAUCAACCUCCCUGAGGAUGGCUCCCUUCCCGGCUUCGAUCCUGAAGAAGCACGCCAGCAACUUCUAAACGGAGUCGUUGCAGCAGUUGCCCGCGGCCCGCGCCGCGGCUCCCCAGUUCAGGGCUGCCACAUCACCAUCACCGUCGAUGCCUCUGAGGCUGAGAACCCUUCGGGCGGACACUUUACGGGCGCCGCUCACCGUGCCGUUCGUGAGGCCCUCCGUGAGGCCCACACCGCCCGCCAGGCUGUUGGCGUGCUAGAACCCGUUAUGCUCGUGAAUAUCAGCUGCCCCGAGGCGGCGGCAGGAAUGGUACAGCACGAUAUCAGCUCUGGUGCCGGCGGGCACGUGCUCGAAGUCAACGAUAAGUCUGCCGAAUCAAGCUCGCGGAUCGACGUCAGCAGCAUUUAUGCGCCGCCGGAUCCAUAUGAGAGCGUCGCAUCGCUAAGGGGCAAGAAGUCAACAGCGCGGACGGUGGAGAUUGUGGCCAAGGUGCCGUUCAAGGAAGUUCUUGAUUUUGAUGAGCAUUUGCGGGGCAAGACUGGUGGUCGACAUUCGAUGACCAUGGCCUUUGAUAGCUUUGAUCGUGUCGUCGGUACGAGGGAGAAGGCUUUGUGA